AUGUCCAAACCUUUGCUUGGGUUGACCUUCUGUUGUACAGGACUUGAGCCUGUUCAAAGACAGACUCUCGAAGAUCAGAUUCGCCUGCUUGGUGGCUUAUUUAAUCUGAAUUUGACCUCUCAGGUCCAAUUUUUGGUGGUGACCAAAAGAGACACAGAUAAGUACAUCUUUCUGGUGCGGUAUCGCCAUGACAUCACGUUUAUUGCACCUUCGGUCAUCGAGAAUUUAUAUCAGCGCUGGAAGGCUGGUGAAGAUAUAGUUUUUACGUCAAUUUUGCUGCCUUUACCAGUAUUUGCAGGGUUUAACAUAUGUGUUGCAAGAAUAGACAAACCAAGCGAUGAAAUACGAAACAAGCUCAUGUCGGAGCGGUUCCGGAAACCACCCGAGAAGGCAGCACCCCAGAUCAUGCCAAAAGAUCCAUUUCUGACAGAGGAGAUCAUGAGCAUUUUGGAGAAAUUGGGUGCUGCAGUGAGUAAGACCUUGACUCCCCAAUGUUCGCUUUUAGUUGCCUCUAGCGCUUCUGGUAGGCGCUACACUAUGGCAAAGCAAUGGAAUACGCCUGUUGUACAUCCUAUUUGGGUGUUGGACUCAUGUCUACGCGAGGCGGCACUUCACUUAGAUGACUAUGAGCUUAGCACUGAAUUCAACUCUUACAAUAGUACUUCAUUCGUUUGGAAAAAGCUUUUCCUUUCACGUAUCGCACAUGUCAAUAGUUCUCUGAAGUCAAGCAGACGCGAAAUUACGCCACAACAUAAGAAAACAGAAAUAUGGACUUCAAUCAUGGACAGUGCCCACCCACUGCUCACGAAGGAGGCAACUACGGAUACUUGGGACGAGCAUGCUCCAAGUGAUACCGAAUCGAAAGAUCCUGAAGACACUCUGCAUGUGCUUGGCCAAAAUCCACAACCACUACCAGCUGCAAGCACAUUAUUUAUAGAACACCACUUUUUGCCUCUAGGCCUCACUAUACCCGAGCAGAAAGUGCUACGGUCUGUAGUAGAGUCUCACCAAGGUAGUAUUGUUAGCUCCUCAGACGAUCCUAAGAUCACACAUGUCGUCAUGCUUGUGAAGAACGGCCCUCAAACACACCUAAUGUUGCUGAUGCUCCCAGGCACGAUCAAACGUCGUAUUAGCGACAAAAGCAUAUCUUUGGUGACCAAUUGGUACAUUGAGCGAAGCAUUUUCUACGGGGAAUUGCGUGCCGACCCGUGGUCUCGUCCCAUGAUUGGAAUGGUGCCGCUGAAAGUCAAGCACAAGGUAUGCAUCACUGGAUUUACAGGUGUUGAAUUGCUACAUCUUGAAAAGCUCAUUUCAUAUCUCCAUCUUGAAUUCUGCGAGACGCUAAAUUCAAGCAGGGAUCUUCUCAUCGUGAAUAUUAACUUGUUUAAGUCGUCUUUGUCGAAAACAAGCCCCAAAUUGUUUGAGUAUGAACCUCGAGAGAUUUUAGACUGUCCCGUAUAUGCGAAUGGAAGCAACUCCAAGUCAAUUGCUGUGCUUUCAUCGCGAAACAAAAUGGCGGCCGCUAGAAAAUGGUCCAUUCCUAUUGUUUCGUUGGCGUUCUUUUGGGAAAUGAUCAACAUACUGGAGAAACAGCCGACGCUUAUGACGCCAGAAGUUGCUAAUCCAAACUGGUGUGUUUUUGCACCACCAAAGGAUUGUAAGAAUUCUUCGUUUAUGAAUGGUGUAGCCCCCAUGUCUCACAACGCCAUGGCAUCGGAGGUACUCAUGCCUCCUACAAAUGAUACCAGCGUCAGACUUCCAUCGCCUAAAAAAGUUAAAGACAAAGAAAGAUAUGGUCGUCUUGUUGGCCGUGGAGAGUCACUUCUGAAGAAACUUGAGGCAGCUAAGGAGAGCGACGACGCCAACCGCGAGCCCCCAUCGGAGGGCCCUUCGUCUCAGGAUACUUCAAUGAUUGGAUACGGGAACGACGAGAAAGCAGAGCAGCAUAAAUUGUUGAUGGAGAAGCUCGAAGGUUCUAGCACCAGACCAACCAAGCGGCCUCGAAGAACAACACGAGGCUGCUCAUAA